GCUUAAGCUGCACCGCAAGGCAAGCCGAGCCAAGGCAUGGGAACCGGUCCGCGCACGGCGCGUGAUAUAUACGCCCGCCAUGCAGGCAGGACACAUACAUCCAAUCAGUAUGCGAGUUCGAGACACAUCAGUACAUCCAUCACUUCCCCGCGGAUAGUCAGCCAUGGAUAAGGCAUCCAUUGCCGUCCUCUCCUUGGCCUUCCUCUUCCUGCUCCACUACAUUCUGGGCAAGAGGAGCGAUGGCAGGCGCGGCAAGGGCAAGGGCGCCGUGCAGCUGCCGCCGAGCCCCCCGGCCGUCCCGUUCUUCGGCCACCUCCACCUCGUGGAGAAGCCGUUGCACGCCGCACUGUGCCGCCUCGGGGCGCGCCAUGGGCCGGUCUUCUCGCUUCGGCUCGGCGCGCGCAACGCCGUGGUGGUGUCCUCGCCGGCGUGCGCCAGGGAGUGCUUCACGGACCACGACGUGGCCUUCGCCAACCGGCCCCAGUUCCCCUCGCAGAUGCUCGUGUCCUACGGCGGCACCUCGCUCGUCAGCUCCAGCUACGGCCCGCACUGGCGCAACCUCCGCCGCGUCGCCGCCGUGCGCCUGCUCUCCGCGCAUCGCGUCGCCGGCAUGUCGGGCGUCAUCGCCGCCGAGGUGCGCGCCAUGGCGCGCCGUCUGUACCGCGCCGCCGCGGCGUCCCCCGGCGGAGCCGCGCGCGUGGAGCUCAAGCGGAGCCUGUUCGAGCUCUCCCUGAGCGUGCUCAUGGAGACCAUCGCGCGGACCAAGGGCACCCGCUCGGAGGCGGACGCUGACACGGACAUGUCGGUGGAGGCGCAGGAGUUCAAGCAGGUGGUGGACGAGAUCAUCCCGCUCAUCGGCGCGGCCAACCUGUGGGACUACCUGCCGGUGAUGCGGUGGUUCGACGUGUCCGGCGUGAGGAGCAGGAUCCUGGCCACGGUGAGCAGGAGGGACGCCUUCCUCCACCGGCUCAUCGACGCCGAGCGGCGGAGGAUGGAAGAGGGCGGCGACGAGGGCGAGAAGAAGAGCAUGAUUGCCGUGCUCCUCACUCUGCAAAAGACGGAGCCGGAGCUGUACACUGAUCAGAUGAUCAUCGCUCUGUGUGCGAAUAUGUUUGUGGCCGGAACGGAGACGACCUCAACCACGAUAGAAUGGGCGAUGUCGCUGCUGCUGAACCACCCGGCGGCGCUCAAGAAGGCCCAGGCCGAGAUCGACGCGUCCAUCGGGACCUCCCGCAUGGUUGCCGCCGACGACGUGCCCCGCCUCAGCUACCUCCAGUGCAUCAUCAACGAGACGCUACGCAUGUACCCGGCGGCGCCGCUGCUGCUGCCGCACGAGUCCUCCGCCGACUGCAAGGUCGGCGGCUACGACGUGCCGAGCGGCACCAUGCUGAUCGUGAACGCGUACGCCAUCCACAGGGACCCGGCGACGUGGGAGGACCCGACGGCGUUCCGGCCGGAGCGGUUCGAGGACGGCAAGGGCGACGGGCUGCUGCUGAUGCCGUUCGGGAUGGGGCGGCGGAGGUGCCCCGGCGAGGCGCUGGCGCUGCAGACGGUCGGGGUUGUUCUCGGGAUGCUGGUGCAGUGCUUCGACUGGGAUCGGGUGGACGGCGGCGUGGAGGUGGACAUGACGGAGGGGGUGGGGAUCACCAUGCCCAAGGCCGUGGCUUUGGAGGCCGUGUGUAGGCCGCGUGCUGCCAUGCGCGAUGUCCUUCAGAAGCUCUGAGGAUCGAACUUCUUGGCAUAACUUAUGUACAUUAUUAGUUUUCAGAAGUAGCAACGUUCCUUAUGCAUGGUUGGAUAGCGUUUUGGUGUACCGAAUAAACUUGUUGCGACUACUAAGCAUAUAAUGCCAUCAUAUGUGAUUCUUGCA